UAUUGGGUCGAUUUUGGGUCGAAAGCCUUUUUUCGAUUUUGAAAUCAAUUUGGGGGUUUCGAAUAAGGGAUCUAAAUCGAUAUCUGGGUUUCGAUAAAGGGUUGUAGCUCAUGAUGGUGGUUUGAUUUAGGGUUCGUUUCUCUGAGAUUUCAAAUCGAGUUAUGGGUUUCGAGUAAUGGUUGUAAAUCGAUUUGUGGGUUUCGUUUUAUGGUUUAAUUCGUCAAGACGAAAAACUUUAAGGUUUCGUUUAAUCAUUAUGUUUCGUUAUUAUGGUUUAAUAAUUUUGAAUUAUUUGACAGAUGGAUCCGGCAGAAGAGAGAAGACAUUCAAAGAGGCAAAACAAGCACAUCAACAUGUUAAGGUUCGUGGCCGAUUCAGAAUACGGGAUUCCUAGAAGGUGUCCGUGUGGUGGGAGACUCAUUAAUGAGGUUCGCGGGAAGGAGGACUACGACACUCUUCCUGGGAAGCGGUUCUUCACCUGCAAAAACUACGAGGCUGAUGGGUUACAUUAUCGUCAGCCUUGGGUGAUAGGUGUGCAGGAGGAGCUUGAAAGGCUGACAAAACGGGUGGAGGAGGCUGAGCAGGUGAUGAUGGGGGUGUCGAAUCUCAGUAAACAGAUUGAGACACUUGAGGAAGAGGUUAAAAUCCUCUCAAGGCAGGUAGACUACCUCACUGUGCAGGUCGAUACCCUCGAGAAGGUCUGCUUCGACUGACAAGCAAAGGUCACGGGUUGGAGGUCACUGUGUUGCAGGUCACGGGUUUGAAGGUCAGGGUGUUGCUGGUAGUUCUGUACGUUUGUUUGUUUGCGGUUAGUUUAAGCCACGGGUAGUAGGACUUGAUGUCAGUUUUAAUCACGGAAAAGUGUAGGCUUUUGUUUCUUUCUACACUUCAUCACGGGUUGUACUAUGUAUUUUGCUUUUGUUGUAACUCUGAACUUGAUUCACGGAUGUACUGCCUCUCUAUCUUUGAAGCAAAAUGAUGUGUCUCUCUUUAUAAACGAUGUCUCGCUCUUGCUUUAUAAAAUGUGUCUCUCUUUUCACUUCUCUUACUUUAUAACAUGUAAAACUUGAUUCAAAGUGAAGCAAAAUGUGUCUCUCUUUUCACUUCUCUUGCUUUUCACUUCUCUUCUCCAGUUCAAUUCAACCUUCUCUCUGCUGUUCGUGACCAAACAAUACACUUCAACAAGCACACAAAGUUCACAAACUUCAACAAGCACACAAAGUUUUCAUAGUAGUUCUCACGGGUGAAGGGAGUUGGACCAAACAACAAACUUCAACAACUUCAUUCACAUCCUGGAAAUAAUAUCAAACAGUUCACAAGGUAAUUUAUAGAAUUGAUAAUAAGGAUAAUGAAAAAUAGAUAGAAUUAUGUUAACUUUUAUAGAAUGAUGGUAAAAAAAUAAGGAUAAUGAAAAAAAUAAUAGAAUUAUGGAAAAAAAAAAUUAGGAUUAUGAAAACUUUUAUAGAAUGAUGGUGAAAAAAAUAAGGAUGAUGAAAAAAAUAAUAGAAUUAUGUUAAAACAAAUUAGGAUUAUGAAAACUUUUAUGGAAUGAUGGUGAAAAAGAUAAGGAUAAUGAAAAAAAUAAUAGAAUUUUGUUAAAAAAACAUAAUGGUGACAAAAAAAUUAGGAUUAUGAAAGGAUUAAAUUUGUUUCAUAGAAUAAUGGAAAAAAAAAAUUUGAAAGAUUAUAUAUGAGUUCCAAACCCCCUUUUGUCAUUUAUAGGAACGAAAAGAUAAAAAAAAUUGUAUGUCAGUUGCUUCUACAAUGUCUUCCUCAUCAAGUGAUGAAGUAGAUGAAGCUUUAGAAGAAAUGGUCGACCAAGCCGUAGAUAAUUUCAUCGACUCAAUGGUUCAUGCUCACACCAACAAGCCGACGAGACGAGCUUAUAUCGAAAGAGAUCGGGAAGUAGGACACAAUCAACCAUGGAAUGAUUAUUUCAAGGAAAAUCCUACAUACCCACCAGAAAUGUUUAGACGGCGUUUUUGAAUGAACAAGCCAUUGUUCCUUCGCAUUGUCGAACGCCUAAGUACUGAAGUUCCAUACUUUCAGCAAAGAAAAAAUGCUCACGGAAGGUACGGGCUAUCUGCACUUCAAAAGCGUACGACAGCUAUAUGUAUGCUGGCAUAUGGUCAAUCGGAAGAUACAUAUGACGAAUAUCUCCGACUUGGUGAAAGUACAUCACGUUUAUGUUUGGAAAAUUUCACUAAUGGGAUAAUACAAUUGUUUGGAGAUGAGUAUCUAAGAAGACCUACACCAGAUGAUAUUCAACGAUUACUCGAUGUUGGAGAGGUACGCGGGUUUCCAGGGAUGAUAGGCAGCAUCGAUUGUAUGCAUUGGCAGUGGAAAAACUACCCAACGGCUUGGAAAUGCCAGUACACACGUGGUUCAGGAAAGCCAACAAUUGUCUUGGAAGCUGUGGCAUCACAGGAUCUUUGGAUAUGGCAUGCAUUUUUCGUAUUACCAGGUACCCUCAACGAUAUCAAUGUUCUUGAUCGGUCACCAGUUUUUGAUGACAUUUUACAAGGUCGAGCACCUAAAGUUAAGUUCAAGGUCAACAACCACACUUAUCGUAUGGCCUACUACCUUACUGACGGAAUUUAUCCAAAUUGGUCAACAUUUAUCCAAUCCAUCCCACUUCCUCAAGGUCCUAAAGCAGAGCUAUUUGCUGAACGUCAAGAAUCCACCAGAAAAGAUGUCGAACGGGCUUUUGGAGUAUUGCAAUCGAGGUUUACAAUAGUUAAAAACCCUGCUCUAUUAUCGGACAAGGAAAAGAUUGGCAGGAUUAUGAGAACUUGUGUCAUAUUUCACAAUAUGAUAGAAGAUAACGAACGAGGCGGAUACACUCUAACUGAUACAUCUGAGUUCGAGUCAGGAGAGUCAAGCAGAAGUUCCAAGGUGAAAAGGAAAACAAGUUUUAAUAUCGGUAAUAUGCUAGGUAUUCGCAAUGAAGUUCGGGAUUCAGAGAAACAUGAUCGUUUGAAGCUAAUUUAGUUGAAAAUGUUUGGCGAAAAUUUGGUAACGCAGAUGAAUAAUCUUUGUAUGUUCAUGAAUUCUCAAUGCAUUGAAGAAAUUUUUUUUUUUAAAAUUUUGUUUAUGUAAUCUAUUCUUUUUUUUUAAUAUUUUAAAAAUUAUUAUAUUUUAUUCAUGUAUUGUCAAUAUAUUGAAAACUUAAAAUAAAAUAAAAAAAUAUUAUUUUAUUCCUAAGAACCUCUUCUUCAGGUUCACCAAUGCAGAAGCACAAUAGAUAGAGGUUCAUCACUAUUCAUGAUCCCAUCAAAAAAAUAAUAAAAAUUCUUCUGAACCCCAGGGGGAGGUUCACUAAUGCGGAUGCUCUUAAUUUUGUCGUAUUUUUUUUCUUUGUCAACAGUAAUUUCGUCAAUUAAUUUUUUGUUUUUUCGCUUUCACGUUUUGUACCGAUUUGUUGGUCGAAAAUUAUACAAGAAAAACUUUAAUUUUGCAAAAAAAAAAAACUUUUUUGUAUCCAAAUUCGUGAACUAAAUCAAUUAAUCAGCUUGAAUCUAUGCUUACUACUCUCUCUAUUUCUAAAACAUAAACAUUUUCGUGUGUAUACACAUAUUAAAAUCAUAUUAAAAUUUAUAAACAAAUAGUAUAUUAUCAUCUAUGAUAAAUUAUUUCCAAUAGAUUUUAAUUAAUAAAUUAUUUUUCUAAAUUUACGUUGUGCUAUUAUUAACUUAUAAAAUGAAUAGAAAACGCUAGAAACAUUUUUUUGUGUGCACCCGCUAGAAAAAUAUUUGUUAGAAACAACCUUUUUACAAAAUAUUUAUCUCUUAGAAAGGGAGGGAUUAGUUGCUAAUUAGAUACAUAAAAUGAUAAAGAUACAUGCAUACAUAAAGCAUGCAACUUCGCACGUGUGAUUGUAGACCACAAGACCAAAUAAGAGAUUCUGUUUGCAAGCUUUUGGUAGUCUAGUUAUAACCAUGUUCGAUUUAACUUUAAAUAAAAAUAUAAUGUAGUUCAUACAUAUAAAAAUAAAAUUAAUGGCUUCGUAUUUGUUUGAACUUACAAAAAUCCAAAAUUCUACUAUCAGAUGAUAUAAAAAAAACAACCAAAAGAAGAUUUAUUUUGGCGGGUGGAUAUCGCAUAAUGCCAGGUUUAGCAAAUUUGUUUCUUAAUAAUAUACACAUUUGUUUAAAAUCAAGAUGUCCACUUGAUAUGUAAGAAAUUGAUAAAACAGGUUGUGUAUUUAAAACCUUCGUUAACGGAAACAAAAAGUUGUCUAUUUUAAAUUAAGUGGCAUCUUUCGAUUAUUCUUUCUUUCUUUUUUUUUCACUGGCAUCUGAUAUUUAUUAAAAGAAUCAAGCUCAAAAAGACAAGGUCUACAAAACAGUACAUAGAAAACCCUAAACAGAAGAGAAUCUAAACACAAAGCCCAAAAAAUAGGCAAUCCAACAAAAGAAGCGACACCUAAUGUCCAAAACGUGUUCAAACCCUAACAAAGAGUACCCACGUGUCGCACAUGCCUCCAUCGCUUUCACCGUCUCUCAGAUCAACGCCGGUGAGCAGCGGACAACUCAUCGGAAAUCCCAUCUCCCACCGGAGUCAUCACGGAACCACGAAACUCUACUAUCUUUUUCCACUUCAAUCUUCUCCACCGAACCAAACAAAGUGUUUAAAACACCGGACUCCACCGGGAACUCAAUCACAACCACCACCGAAAAAGCUACCUCCAAUGACUGUAUUGGAAGA